AUGAAGAACACCAUUAGAUGCUGCAUAUCCUGCAUUCUUCCCUGCGGUGCACUUGACGUGAUUCGAAUAGUGCAUGCCAAUGGCCGAGUAGAGGAAAUCAGUGGCACAAUAAAGGCAGCAGAAAUAAUGAAAUUACAUCCAAAACACGUUUUAAAGAAACCCUCAUCGCCCUCAUCUGAUGAACGGAUCUGUCCCAAGAUUGUUGUAGUGCCUCCUGAUGCUGAACUUCAACGUGGGAAGAUAUAUUUUCUCAUGCCUGUGCCUCCGGCUGCCGGAGAAGCUCGAACAAGAUCGUCGUCAAGGAGAAGAAAGACCGAUUCUGACAGUAAUAAGGCUUCGAAAACUGGCGUUUCUGAUCAGUAUUUGAGUGAGAUUUUAUCGGAAAAACUCUCUACGCAGAAAGAUCGCCGGAGAGGGCGAGUCGGGAUUUGGAGACCUCACUUAGAGAGCAUUUCUGAGACACCGAGUGAAGCUUAA